UCGUCUUCACGAGAGCAGGCAAGGUUAAUUGGCUAGAGAUAAAACUACCACGUUUUGUUGGUAUUUUUGCAAGCUGAACUUGACGAUUAAUUACGCCUUUGGACGUGUUGAAAUUCAUUCUCAGGAUAAAAACGCCGGUAACUGCAGACCAAACUAUUGUAUUAAUAAAACUUAGAUCGACAGCAUGUGAUUGCAUAUUGAAUAUGCAUUAUUCAAUGUUUUACAUAUAUGAAUUUGGAAUAUGUAAAAAAAUGCAUUAAAGGAAUAUGUAAAACAUACCCAAACAACUAAUUAGGUUGUUGUUUGGAAAACAUAAACCUUUUCGUGAGGAAUUCACAUUCAACAGAUUGGAUUGGUGUUCAUCCAUCAAUGUUUUUGAAUAUCAGAUUAUUAAGUGUUCAAGAUGAAACAGCCGACGAAGCGACUGCAGCAAUUUCGUCGCCAGACAUUGAAAAUAAGAGCGAAUCCGACGAAGAUGAAACAGCCAACGAAGCGACUGCAGCAAUUUCGUCGCUAGACAUUGAAGUUAAGAGCGAAUCCGACGAAGGGCCGAGAGGAGCAGAAGCUCAAAGUAAUGAUGCAGUCGGUGGCAGAAGGAAACGUGCUGACGCAUCUGAUGACUAUGUUGGCCGACGAGAUGUCGAUGAAAUCUCAUUACACAAUGUCCAAAUGAUCGUGGACCAGAAAUAUACAGAGAAUGAGGACUCGUCUUACGCUCGGCAUGACCCAAUAUACAACAAUAUGAAGACAGAUGAUAACGUACGUCAAAAUAAGAUGCCCAUGGAAGAAAAAAAAGUAUUCGAAGACUUUGUGCUUGGAAGUGAUAUACUUGAGGAUCUUGGUGAGAUAUCAGAGGCCGAAGUAGAGGAAUACGAACGUUUAAUGAUGGAAACAGGAUACACAGCUCUGCGUGAACAACUAGAAGAAACCAUCAAUGGAUGGAAACAAAUCCAAAUCGACAUUGCUGUUACUGGAGAAUCCGGCACUGGGAAGUCGUCUUUCAUCAACUCUAUCAGAGGAUUAAAAGCUGAUGAUCCUGGGGCAGCGGAGGUUGACGCGGUCGAAACGACAAUAGAACCAACACCUUACAACCACCCCGACAAUCCAAAUCUUCGGGUUUGGGAUUUGCCAGGAGUAGGAACGUCAACCUUCACACGGGAAAAUUACUUGCAACAAGUGAAAUUAAAUCGGUUUGACUUUGUUUUGCUACUGUCCUCUUCGCGAUUUAAGGAAAAUGACAUUUGGCUUGCCAAAGAAAUACUUCAGUUAAAGCCAAAUUUUAACUUGUUCUUUGUACGAACAAAGAUCGACGAUGAUCUUUCUGCCGCCAAAAAAUCACGUCGCAAAAUUCAGACCGCCGAUGAUAGGAAAGCCUUGCUCAAGAGAGUGAAAGACAAUAUUAAACUCAAUCUGCAGAAAGGCAAGAUAUCUAACGCAAAUAUGUAUUUGAUUGACAACAAUGACACAAAAGCAUUCGAUUUUGAUACAAUUGUCCGUAAACUGAUCCAAAAGGUUUCCGUUCUUAAGAGGGAAGCAAUGAUCAUGUCAUUGUCUGGUUUCACAAACGAAAUUGUUCAAAAUAAACUUACUAUUCUGCAAAGUAGAAUCAAAGUGGUUUCUAAAGCCGCGGCAGUGGCAGCAGUCUUUGCCAAGGCGGAUACAAAGAUGUAUUCAUCGGAAAUAGACAUGUUGCUAGAAGAAUGCAGAUUUUAUCGUUCGCAGCUAGGACUCAAUUUAGAUUCACUGCAAAUCAUUGCAAAACGUCUUGAAAUUGACCCUGAAGAAAUGAUCAUGAAGUUGUCAAUGCAAUCAUACAUUUACGUAGAUUGCGAGGAUAGGUUUUCCAAGCAUUAUACAUGUUUUAAAAAAGUUGAACCAAGCAUAUGGCAUUCUAUGCCACUUUUGGGAAAGAGGUUCAAGUUCCGAGCUUACCGGAAGCAAUGCGCUGUUUUUCUGAAAACAUUCCUCGACAUGUGUGCAAAAGAAACGCAUGACCUACAGAUGCACAUGACCAUGGCUUUAGAGGGAUCCGAAUUUUAGAGGCUGGACUAAGAAAGCCAAACGUCAUUUUCCUUGAGCUUCUGCUUUAUACUCUUAGCUUUAAAACAGUUUUGUGUCAAUUUAUGUUUUACAAAUUCUUACAUUAGAUCCUUAAAUGACAUUUGUUAUGUCUGUGAAUGUUUCUAUUGUAAGAAGAUUAUAAUAUAAUAAUGAUUUUCACGAUUGCCGACCUGAUCUCUGUAGUUUCUAUUGCAUACUGAAUAUAGAACUUUAACCGUGCAUUAUUUUCUUACGCUGAAUAAAAUCCAAGGGACUCUAUAUACCCUUUAGGAUUUCGUCCGUCAGAACAUCAUCUUUAUUUGUCAGACCGAUGGACAUGAAAUCAGAUUAAUCUAUUGAUAUUAAGGGCACAUUACGAAGAAUCAUGUGAUCAAUUAUUGUCUUGUUUUAUUUUGUUAUAGAACAAUUACAUAACUAGUUAAUUUGUUACGUAUGAUUGGUUGCAGAACGUAAUGUAAAAUAAAAAUGAAUUUGUACAUUCAUUAUAUGUAAACAACUUCUUGAUUAAAGAGUUAUCCCAUUUCGGUUGUCUUCCGCUAGAUCCCAAAUUUGGUUGCGAGCUCGAUAGUUCUCACGGAAUAUAGGUCAUGGUCGAAAAUGUAUAAUGACAAAUUGAUUUUUAUGUCUUGCUGUCAAACAAUAAAGAAUCUGGUGAACACAUUAAAAUAUCUGUAAUUGUUUUGUUAUAUAAUAGUUACAUUGUUUUCAGUUCCGUACGCUUGAUUGAAUGCAAUCUCUUAUACAUUAUUUUAUAUCACAAAAUAAAACUUGUAUAUCAAUUUCAUGUUUGCUGUUUGUAGUAUGAUGUUGUGUCUUUGCUGGUUGUGUGUAUCUAUAGAAGUUUUUUUAUCAGGUUAAUCAUCACUGUCCUAUAAGCUGAUGGUUAAUAGUCUAUGGAUUACAGUGUGGACUUACCACGUGGUUUGUGCAGGAAGCAAAAGGCAUCUCGAUUCAUACAGGAUUAUUGCUGUAAGCUUGUUGUUUUCAUCUAUUUUUUUUUACAAAACAAGAGCAGGCUAAGGUAAAACAUGUACACUAUACUCCAUUACUAAGCGAUAUGAUGAGCAAUUUAUUUUAUUUUCAACAAUCGUGGAAAAAUGCACAGAAGUAAAAACUAUCAGUCAGUGAAACUGAGCAUCGGUUAUGUUUUACAGCAAUUUAAAAUCAUAUACAUGACAAAUUAAUAUCACAUCCAUACUGCUUAGUAUGUCUGUCAAUUUAUUUAUCAGAAAAAAUAUCCCAAUAACACGUUGCAUGCAAUAACUAAAUGUGACUUCACAAACCACGUGGUAUGUCCACACUGGAUUGAAAUUUGUUUUGUUCUUUAUCUCGGCUGAAUUUUUUCGAUCUUGAAUUGUGAAUUGUCGUUCUGAGAUGUGUUUGUAUGUUAAAUCAGUGUUAAUUUUAAUGCAUUUAAUCGAAAUACCAAAUGUGUUUUAGGUGAAAUAAUAAAUUGUAUUUGUUCUGAUCAUCUAGACUGAUAUAUAGACUAUUUGUUGUGUAUGUUUGGAAAACGUCUGUAGUUUUGUUUUGCAUAAAUAUUGUUUUAAAGAUGCUUAAGAAGUUUGCUUCACACGUUAUCUAAACAUUGAGUACUUCUGAAUCGCGCAUGUAGUAUAAAUCUUUUAAUCGGCUGGUUCAGUAUCAUCGUUCGACGCCAAUUUUAUAAAACCGGUAAAGUGUUGGUGUUUCGACUACUGGAAUUGUUCUGUAGUUUUUCAUAUGAAUUUGUUUCAAGUUGUUCGAUAAGUUUAUUGAUUAAUCAAUUGGUUCCAAAAUCCAAUGUUGGCCAAUAAAAUUGCUUGCAUAUGCAAACUUACCAUAGGAAAACCUGCGAAUAACUUAUCCAGUGUUUUACAAUAGCCGCUGUAGUGUUCUUUUCUUGAAUAUUCAGUUUGUAUUUGAGCAUGAUAGACUGAAUGAUGGUCCAAAUAAUCAACUUAAACCGAUCAUAGUCUCGAAAACAAAAACACAGUUAUGACAUAUAAGCCAAGAUGAUUGUUUUAAUUUUAGAAUCCUUUUGAAAGCCUAGGAUCUUUUUACAAAUGGCACCGAUGAAAUCAUUUUCUCGCUUCCCAAGUAAUGUUUGGUUCCGAAUAAACAUUUGUUGUUCACGUCAUGCACUGCACAUUGCCUUUCAGUGGUAAGGCUAUAUAAAUGUUAAAAACAAAACCUUUAUAAAAGUUAAAGUUAUGUACAACCUUUCAAAUGUGUUUCUAUAGGCUAGAUCGAUAUUAUAAAAAAAAGUUAUGUCUGUUAUUAUAACCAAUGAUAUCUAUCGUGUGUGAGUAUCAUUUUAUUUAAAUAAGCAUGCAUGUAUUAACGACUAAAACUGUCUUAUGAAAGGUGUAGAUUUUGCUUUAGGUAUGGAGACUUAAAGAGAAUGGCUGUUAAGACGAUUGUACACGCACAUACUUAUAUGCGUUACUGUUUCUCAUUGAUGUUUAGAAGAGGAACAUAUCAACAUAUUUAUAAACUAAAAAUGUAAAUUAAUAUUUCUCUCAUUUUAUAGAAAUUGAGAGAAAUAGAUAUAAGAAAUUAAAAAUAAGAGUCAUUGUAUAUGAUAAUACUUAUGCUAAGGCUAUUUGCGGCUGAUUUUUGUUUAAAUUUAAGAUGUCUUCUGUUCUGCAUCAUGAUUUCAUUAUACCAUCCCCAUUCAUUUAAAACUGUAUUAAGAUAGAGUCUAAAACACUUAACACUAUUAGAUACGUUGCAAAAUAUGUAAGUACUACGAUUAAAAUCUUUAUGAGACAAUGGAAGCUUAACAAUGGUGUCAUCUUAUCAAUGCACGAAUCGUACGAUCGACUAACUGAUAUAUCUCAAAACUAAGAACUCUAUUUUGAUUUUAUAAACAAAACUUUCAAUUCUAAUUGCGACUCUCAUUAAAAAUUCAAUGAACUUCUUAGUUUCACAAAACGGUAUCGCACACGUGUUGAUAAGACGACCCCUUACUGAAUGUUAUGUUCUUAAUAUUCAAUUCGUUAAUUAAAUCUGAAAAUGUAACAUGUUCUUCCUCUAAUGACAAUGUAAUUGAUUGUUUUUUAAUUUCAUUUAUAAUAAUUUAUAAAUAAAAGACAUUCAGCAAUGCUUUGAAUAUUGCAUUUAAGGGAUUGCUGUAUGUCUUUCAUCAAUUCGCUAUUAUAAAUGAAAUUUUAAAACGUUUUGAAAAUAAUAAACCGACUUCUUACAUAUAAGAUAAAUCGUUCUUACGACAUGUAACACGUUCACAGGGUAAUGCACGUAGAUUUAGUUCAUGUUUGAAAUAUACGGCGCUUUAUAUACAGUAUCUUGUAUUUUUAAUGGUGUUGGGUGUUGUUAU